CUCUCUCUAUCUCUCUCGUGAAAACCUCACCCACUCGCUCACUGAGUUACUAGGUCGACCCUCGCUCACGCUCUUACCGCCAGAGACAAUGCAUUACCAAACGGAGUCGUGGGGCUCGUACCUCCCGGUGGCGAGGCCCGUCGGCGACCCGGUGGAGCGCAUAGAGCGGAUGGCGGCGGAGAGCGCGGUGGUGAUCUUCAGCGUGAGCACGUGCUGCAUGUGCCACGCGGUCAAGAGCCUCUUCUGCGGCAUGGGCGUCAACCCCACCGUCCACGAGCUCGACCACGACCCGCGGGGGAAGGAGCUCGAGAAGGCCCUCGCCAGGCUCUCCGGCGCCCCUCCUUCCGCCGCCGUCCCCGUCGUCUUCAUCGGCGGCAAGCUCGUCGGCGCCAUGGACCGCGUCAUGGCCAGCCACAUCAACGGCACCCUGGUCCCCCUUCUCAAGGAGGCCGGCGCGCUCUGGCUCUGAACUGCCGCUCCCGCCGCCAACUCCGCCGCCGUUAACCACCCCCCCUCCCUUUUUUUUUGAGUGGGCUCUAACCAGGAGGAAAAGGAAAGAGAAUGGCGUUGACGUAUACUGAUGGAAAUGAAGAAAAAAUGCAGAGGAAGAGGAGUUUGUGGGCCGGUGCGUCUGGUCGUAGGUUGUUGCUUGUUCUGCUCCUGUUUAGGAUGAAGGGGGUACAGUAACAGUGGACGACCUUCUCUCCUGGUCUUUUUUUGUUCCUUUUGUUAUGGUUUGUUUUUUUCCUCCUAUUUAUGGUGUCUUUUUUUUUUUUUUUUUGGUUUUUAGAAGAGCGUCCAAUG